AUGCGUACGACCACAGGCCUUGUCGCUGUCGCCCUGUUGCUGAUCCCCGGCAUCGCGAUCGGCGGCGAUCUGAACCCACCCCCGGGGCCGGUACGUCCCACGAUGCAGCCGCUCAGCGCGCUCGAGCCGCGCCGCUGCGUGAACGAUCUCCCGGGCGACGAGGCGGCCGCGGUGAUCAUCACCGAGCCCGGCAACUACUUCCUCCGCGCGGACAUCCAGGCGCUGGAGGGCCAGACCGGCAUCCGCAUCGAGACGGCCGGCACGGUGAACAUCGAUCUGGAAGGGUGCUGCGUCCUCCCGCCCUGGCCCCCGCAGACGAGCGUGAACGCGAUCAGCUUCGUGCCGACGGACCUCACGGUGCAGAGCACGCUCAUCCUGACGAGCACGGGCGGGAACCCGGGGAUGAUCGCCGGCUGGGGCGCCGACGGGAUCUACACCGAGGGCGUCGCCGCGUGCGUCUGCACGCACCUGGUAUUCAACAACAACGGCGGGAGCGGCGCGAUGCACGUUGACGCGACGCGUGUCGCGCACCGGAACACCUCGGCGAGCGGCAACAUGGGCGACGGCGUCCGCGUCCGCGAGCGCGGGAGCGGGCUGGCGACCGGCCGGCGCCAGCACCUGUUCUCGGGCUGCUCGUCCUCCGGCAACGGCGGGAGCGGGUUCAGCGUGGACUGCCCGCGCGGCGACUUCGGCGUCGAUUUCGUCAAUUCGCACGCGAACGAGAACGGCGGCGUCGGGUUCGGCGUCGUCGUCAACAGCCAGAUCCCCGGCCACAACGGCGGCGACCAGGGCGUGUGCCACUUCGGGCACUGCUUCGCCGUUUCCAACACCGGCAACGGGAUGGACGUCGAUCUCCCCGUGUCCAACCAGACGGCGAUCGCGGUCGAGAGCUCCGCCUGCAUCGGCAACGGGGGCGACGGCUUCCGCGCCCGCGGCGCCCAGGCCGGCGGGCGCCACCGGGGCCACGUCACCAUCCUCAAGCUGAGCGAUUUCAAGAGCAACGGCGGGAGCGGCGCGAACAGCGACAAUCCCCUCCACAGCGCCGGCUGCUCGUUCGCGGAGAACGGCCUGUACGGCUCGACGGUCAACGGCCCCGACGCGACCGAACUCAUCGCGCGCGAUGUGGACAGCGUCUUCUUCCGGAACGGGCUCGGCGGGACGCUCGUCGACCACGGGCGCUACUCCUGCACCCGGAGCCAGUACUCCGACAACGGCGGCUCGGGCAUCAGCAAUCUGCAGGGGUGCGUCAUCCUCGACCGCUGCGAGAUCACCGAGAGCACGCUCUGCGGCGUCGAGGUCACCGACGGCACGCUGAACAUGACGUCCUGCGUCCUCCGGCGCAACGACGAGGCCGCGUGCAAGACGCGCCGCGGCUCCUGCGUCAUGUCCGACACCGUCUGCGAGUUCAACGGCAUGGGCGCGAUCUUCGAGGACUGCACGACCGUGACGAUGUCGCGCUGCGUCUUCAACGACAACAACGGCGUCGGCGUGCAGAACAGAUCCCUCGUCGGACCGACGCGAUUCGUGAUCUGCGAGUGCGUGUGCAGCCGCAACGGCACCAACGGCUUCGACUUGCGAGACGUCGACGGCGGCACCUUCGAUCGCUGUGUCGCGAGCGGCAACGGCGGGAACGGCUUCGAGUUCGGCCAGAAGGCCGACCGGUGCCACAUCGCGAAAUGCACGUCGUCCUCGAACGGCGGCGUCGGCUUCAAUAUCAUCGGAACCGGCAACCUGAUCGUCGGCAACCGCGCCACGGGCGGGGCGGUCGGCGGCUACAACAUCGGCCCGGGCAACGUGCGGGGCCCGAUCCUGACCGCCGCGGGCGUGCUCACGAACACGAACCCGGACGCGAACAUCGAGUACUGA